GCGGAUUCCCAACGCAAACGCCGCCACCCCUCCCCAAAUAAAUCCGCCCGGACCCGAGCCGCAGAGCACCCACCCGAGGAGAAAAGAAAGGAUUUUCGUUUCGUUUUCGUCCGCUUCCGCCUCUGCUCCGUCGUCCUCACGCGACCUGCAGCUUGACUCCCUCCCGCACCGCACGCACGAGCAGCAGGGGCGCGAGAAGAUGCAGAUCUUCGUCAAGACCCUCACGGGGAAGACCAUCACCCUCGAGGUCGAGAGCAGCGACACCAUCGACAACGUCAAGGCCAAAAUCCAGGACAAGGAAGGGAUUCCUCCGGAUCAGCAGCGUUUGAUAUUCGCUGGCAAGCAGUUGGAAGAUGGACGCACGCUUGCUGACUACAACAUUCAGAAGGAGUCGACUCUUCACUUGGUCCUCAGGCUCAGGGGCGGUACUAUGAUCAAGGUUAAGACUCUCACUGGGAAGGAGAUCGAAAUCGACAUUGAGCCCACCGACACGAUUGAUAGGAUCAAGGAGCGUGUUGAGGAGAAAGAAGGCAUUCCUCCUGUGCAGCAAAGGCUGAUUUAUGCUGGUAAGCAGCUUGCAGAUGACAAGACUGCCAAGGACUACAACAUCGAAGGUGGCUCGGUCCUCCAUCUUGUCCUUGCUCUGAGGGGUGGUUACUAGUUAAGCUGUAAUGGAAACGCUUGCGUCCUGAGAGAAGUGACCAUUGGUGGCAUGGAACCUGUGUUGCAAAGAGAUAAUAACAAACUAGCUUUGCUUAGUGGGAGGGGCUGUCUUCCAUGUUAUCUGCCUAUAUGAUUUGACAAAACUACUCGCAAGUUUAUCUGCC